CGGAGUUCUGGACCACAGCUUGUUUAUGGGAGCUGAGUUCCUAAAUAUAUUCUGCUUGGCGAAUCUGGUACCGUAUUUGCAAAGACUGAGAGAUGUUGAAGGGGUUGCGAGUUGUUCGAGGCCCGGACUGGAAAUGGAACGACCAGGACGGAGGCAGAGGUUGCGUGGGAACAGUCAUCCCAACACCUGAGAAAAAAAGUAGUAAUGCGGUAGUGUGCUGGGAUUCGGGUGUUAAGGCCACAUAUCGUGUUUCUGAUGGAAGUUUUGAUCUACGGAUCUACGACAAUGGACCAAUGGGUGUGAAGCACUCCAAUGUAACCUGCGAUUGUUGUGGCCAAGAUGGUAUACUCGGGAUCCGCUGGAAAUGCCGCCAGUGUGGCGAUUACGACUUGUGCCAUAGCUGUUACCAUCGUGAUAAACACAACUUACAGCAUCCAUUCUCCAGGAUCGACACCGAGAAUACAACGGGCGUUGAUGUUCCCUGUCGAGCAGGGGCUACGAAGUGGAGAGCUUUGGGUCUUUUCCCUGGAGCCCAUGCGAUCAGAGGACCCGAUUGGACAUGGGGUGAUCAAGACGGAGGGGCGGGGUCUGUCGGUAAGGUCACUGACUUUGAUUCUACUGACGGCUCGUAUCGUUCUUGGGUCAAGGUCACAUGGCCCAACGGUAAGAAAAACGUCUACCGAUGUGGCGACGCCGGCAAGAUGGAGUUGAAGUACAAAGAGAAAGAGACGAAUGGAGACUUCUACAAAGAUCACCUUCCAGUCUUUGACGGCACUAAAAUACGCCCGUAUGUGAAUUCUGGUGACAAGGUCCGUUUGGUUAACAUGGAAACUUCAAAAUUGAAGGAACUACAACUCACGAGAUGUGGAUGGGACGACGAUAUAAUAAAAGUCAAAGGUGAGGUCGGUGAGGUGAUUAUGGUUGACCACGAUGGUGACGUCAAAGUAAAAUUUGAUGACUCUACUUUCUUCGUGAAUCCUCUGUGUUUGAUGCUGGAGAAGAAGAGUGCAUCUGCUGAAGGAGUUUCUUUACACGAGCUUGGAGGACUAGGUGAUUUGAUGGCUUUGAUGCUCAAAAGUCAACUUUCGUCGGCUCUGCAUGGAUUGAUGGAAGGACAAAGUUCACCAAGGGGCAUGUCCCUCUUCAACGCGGCAGUAGAGGGCGAUGUCGGAAAAGUGCGGGAAAUCAUCAACGACAACGCCGCUGCGGUGAAGUUUAAGAAUGACAAGGGACAGACCCCAUUAAUGGCGGCUGCUAACAAGGGACACCUCGAUGUCGUCAGAGCCUUGGUGCAGCACAAUGCUCCACUUGAUGUAAAGGACAACGAUGGCGACACGGCACUCACUUUUGCGGUGAUUGGAGACAACCCGAGCAUUGUGGAGUUUCUUUUGGAUCAAGGCAGCAACAUCAACACAUCAGAUAAGAAAGGGGUGACCCCUCUCCACGUGGCAACAGGCAGAGGUUACUCGUCAUGCGCAGAAAAGAUUCUGACGCACAAGUCGGGAUGUAACGUCAACUGCAAAACAGAAGAAGGCCACACCCCAUUGUUCUUUACCAUUGAAAAGAACGAGUCUCGCAACAUUCAACUUUUGGUUCAACAUCCACGUGUCGAUCUCAAAAUGGUGGAUGCUAAAGGUUUCAACAGUUUGCAUUUCGCAGCCAUAAAAAACAGCAGAUAUGCCGUUGAGAGGAUUUUGCAGAAAGCACCAGGUAUGCUCAACAUGCAGAAAUCUGACGGCUUCACUGCACUGCACCUCGCUGCUUUGAACGACCACCCAGAAAUUGUGUUAACCCUUGUUAAACGGGUAAACUGCCAGAAAGAUCUCAAAAACGUGUCUGGGAACACGGCACUGCAUCUAGCAAGUGCAAAAUGUCACAACAAAUGCAUUGAAGCUCUGGUGAAUAAUGGCGCCAAUGUGAACGCAAAGGACAGCGAUGGCGAUACCAGCCUCCAUAUUGUCAUGAUAAAAGCCUCCAUGAAAGACAUCCUUGGAGUUACUCCAAUGGGAAAGUUGAUGGAACUUAUCAAUGCAGCUCAAAGUGGAGGCGAUGCGAAUGAUGAAAAGUUAAACCUCGUUGCCAUCGCUGUUUAUUUCAUCAAAAAUGACGCAGACAUCUACAUUAAGAACAACAAGGGACAGAAUGUACUUGAUGUCGUUGUUAAUCCCUCCAUUGAGAAACUCCUGAAGGAGACUUUCCAGAAGAAAAGAGCGGCAAGGCCAACUUCCGGAAAAAAUGUCAGCUGUAAGGUCAGCUAGACUUCAAGACGGUGCAUCAUCUGAUUCGCGUCACUUAUAGUCAGCUUGAGCCCAAUAAUGAACAUCAUAAAAAUUGACUUUGUUUUGCAUGUGUAAUAGGCCCUACUAAGUUUUAAAAGAUUCUUUAUUGGUUGAAAUUUUGUACUAGGUGGUUUUGUACUAGGUGUACUUGUUUGAGAAAGACACAUUGCUGCCUUAGAUUGGGCGCUAUGGGAUAUAAAACGCCUUUUAAUUAUGGUUGGAAAGACGUUUUAUAAGUACAAUUACGAUCCACACAAAAAGCUCAAAAUUGUGUGGUUGUCCUUUUACUUCGUAAAGUCACAGAAUCCCAAACUAGUCGAUGUGUCCCUUUACUCUUCUGUCAGCUAUAACUUCUUCGGAAGUCUUCCAUUUCUGACGUCCAGUAGAGGAACAAAUAAAAGUAUUUUAGCAGCCACCAAUAAGUGGUUUGAUUGGGUUAUACAUAUAGCUGACAAGGGUGUGACAAACAAUACAUGCUUUAGUAUGUGCUCUGGGAAACCAAAAUGAUUUUUUGGAAACUAUUAAGUCACAAACAGUCUACCCGCAGGUCACUAGUCUCCUUUGUGAUUUAUCUGCAGAAUAUGCAUCGUUUUUUUCGUGCGUGACCUCUAUGUGAAUAAUUAUUAAUCGUUAUGUUGCAGCAAGCUGUUUUUCGUUGGUAUGAUAAAAGCGCCUGUGAGCUGAAUGAGGAUCAGCUCAUUCAUCCCAUGGUAUAGACGGGCUCUUUUGUUAUUUACUUACGCUGCCUUUGUGGUCGGGAUACCAUACCAACGAAAAACAGCUAGCUGCCAUAUUAGUCGAUGAUGUCAUCGUCAGCCAAUCACCGUGCAGGAAAACCAUUCUGUCUAAUAGUUGAUUUUUUCGUAAU